ACGGGAAAGAUGCCCAUCAAGGACAUGUUCUGUGACCUGCAGGAUGGCAAGAAACUGCUGGAACUACUGGAGGGACUCACAGGAAAUGUCCUGACCAAAGAGCGAGGGUCCACCAGAGUUCACGCCCUCAACAACGUCAACAAGGUUCUUCAGGUCCUGCAUCAAAACAACGUGGAUCUGGUAAACAUAGGAGGAACAGACAUUGUUGAUGGAAACCACAAGCUGACUCUGGGUCUCAUCUGGAGUAUUAUCCUCCACUGGCAGGUGAAAGACAUCAUGAAGGACAUCAUGUCCAACUUGCAGCAGACCAACAGUGAGAAGAUCCUGCUGAGCUGGGUGAGGCAGUGUACCCGCUCCUACCAGGACCACGUCAACGUGCUCAACUUCACCACCAGCUGGGCCGACGGACUGGCCUUUAACGCCAUCCUGCACCGCUUCAGGCCCAAUGUGUUGAGCUGGGACAGGGUUCUGACCCUCAGUCCAGUGGAGAGACUGGACCAUGCCUUUACUGUAGCCAAAGACCAGCUGGCCAUAGAGAGACUACUGGACCCUGAAGACGUGGCAGUUCAGUUGCCAGAUAAGAAGUCCAUCAUCAUGUAUGUGAUGUCCCUGUUUGCUGUCCUGCCUAAAGAUGUGACUAUGGAAGCCAUCAGAGAGGUGGAGACCUUGCCCCGCAGAUACAAGGUGGAGCCUGACGAGAGCAAGGCCCUCAGCAGAGCACAGGUACAAACAAUGGAGGAAGCCGUCUCCCCCCGGGCGGAUACCCCCAGCACACUGACGGAGACGGAGGAGGAGGUGGGCAUGGAGGUGGAUCUGGACUCAUACCAGGCCACCCUGGAGGAGGUGCUCACCUGGCUCCUCUCUGCUGAGGACUCACUGCAGGUGCAGGAGGAGGUGUCGGACGACGUGGAGGAGGUCAAGGAGCAGUUCCACACACACGAGGACUUUAUGAUGGAGCUGACGGCCCACCAGAGCAGCGUGGGGAACGUGCUGCAGGUGGGCAACCAGCUCAUCUCCCAGGGCAACCUGACGGAGGAAGAGGAGGAUGAGAUCAGGGAACAGAUGACUCUGCUCAACUCCCGCUGGGAGAACAUCCGCGUGGUCAGCAUGGACCGACAGGCCAGGCUCCACGAGGUUCUGAUGGACCUUCAGCAGCAGCAGCUGCAGCAGCUCUCUGAUUGGCUGACAAAGACGGAGGAGCGAAUCAGAAAGAUGGAGAUAGAGCCAAUGGCGGGAGACGUGGAGGGGUACAAGGCCCAGAUAGAGCAGCACAAAGGGUUGCAGAAUGACCUGGAGGCAGAGCAGGUGAAGGUCAACUCUCUGACACACAUGGUGGUGGUGGUAGAUGAGAACAGUGGAGAGAGCGCCACUGCUGCACUGGAGGACCAACUGCAGUCUCUGGGAGAGCGCUGGGCGGCAGUGUGUCGGUGGACAGAGGAGAGGUGGCACAAGUUACAGGACAUCCUCCUGGUGUGGCAGCAGCUGCUGGAGGACCAGAGUUUGUUCCAAGCGUGGCUGACAGAGAAAGAGGUGGCCUUAGGUGAGGUUCAGACCAACGCCUUCAAGGACCCGGGAGAGAUGAAUGCUAAUGUCCGCAGAUUAGCGCUCCUGAAGGAGGACAUGGAGAAGAAGCGGCGGACGCUUGACCAGCUGAGGGAUGCGGGACAGGAUGUGAGGUCACUGCUGAGAAGCGCCGAGGCGGGGGCGAGGAUCGAGGGAGACACAGAGGAGCUGACCCAGAGAUGGGAUAACCUGGUCCAGAGACUAGAGGACUGCUCCUACCAGGUGACGGAGGCCGUGACGAAGGCCGCUGGGAUGGCUCAGAUUGCGGAAGGCUUCGCAAUGGAGACGGUCGUGAUGGAAACGGUCGCUGUGGCGGCAGCACAGCCUGAGAAGGGGCUUGACGACCAGGAGCUGGCCCCGCCCACUCCUCCCAAGAGACGAUUGGUGGAGACGGAUGAGUCGGAACUCAGGGGAGGGUUGGAGAGUGACUUAUCUGACCUCCUGAGAUGGCUGAACACAUGGAAAGUUUCAGCUCAGACCGUGGCCUCUACUGACCCUGAAAACCCCGACCUUCAGGAAAAACUACAGGCUUUGGAGGCACAGCUGUUGUCGAAGGAGGCUCAGGUUGGUCAGGUGACCCAAGGAGGGCGGCGCCUGAUGGAACCGCUGGAGAAAGAGGGAGUGAGUGUGGACUCUAUCAGGUGUGAUAUAGAUGUGGUGGAGGCUGAAUGGGAGGUGUGUGUGAGUGAGCUGAAGGCUCUGUGUGACUGGGUCCAGGCCCAGACCUGGGUCAGAAGCCUCUGCUCUGAGUUGGCUGCUGUGGACAAGGUUCUGGGAGAACAGGACCAGUGGCUGAGUGGAACAGACAGUACCAGAUCUGAUGAGGCUGCCCUUAGAACCCUCAGGACAGAGUGCCAGUCGCGGUUGGCCCAGCUGACUGCCCUGAGCCCACGAUUGGACCAGCUCUCUGCAGAGGUGGAGUCAAUAGAUGUCCCGCCCACUCUCACAGCCAACAUGGCCACUGUCUCUGCCCACCAGGCCUCCACACUGCAGCAGCUACAGACCAGGGAGCAGGAGAUCAAUGCAGCCUUGGAUGAUGUGUCUGGGAACACUGUGGAGUCUGGGACUGACCUCGUAGAUGGUCUGGAGGCUAGACUGGGCACACUGCGGGAAGACAUCAUGGAUGUGCCUACAGUGGAGGGGGCAGUGGAGCGGGCACAGGCUCUGUGUAUAGAGAUAGAGCAGAUGCAGCAGGCCUCGGACCCUGCAGAACUACAAAAAUGGAGUCAGCUCUCCUCCAGGGCACGCGAGGAGCUGGGCACGCUGCAGUGCAUCCUGGGUAGCCUGAAGGACAAUCAGGUGCGUGUGGUGGAGUUGGAGCGCUGGCUGGAUGGCGUACAGGAACUGAUGUCACGGGAUGCCAAGGGCCAGGGAGACGCAGAGAGACUACAGGAAGAGCUCAACCAGUGCAAGGAGUAUGUGAGUGAGAUGGAGUCAGUGGAGAGUUUAGUGAAGCAGAUAGGAGAGAACGUAUUGGCGGUGCAGGGGGCUGCAGUACCAGAGUUGGCCCACUGGGGGCAGGCUAAACUGGAGGAGUGCCAGGGGAGGUGGGAGACACUGAGCAAACAGCUGCUGAGCCACCAGGAGCGUGUAAGUGAGAGCCAGGAGAGGCAGGUGAACCUAAGGAAAGACUUGGCAGAGAUGCAGGAAUGGAUGGCCCAGGUGGACGAGGAGUUCCUCAUGAGAGACUUUGAGUACAAGAGUCCUGAGGAGCUGGAGGGGGCACUGGAAGAGAUGAAGAGGGCUAAAGAGGAUGUGCUACAGAAGGAGGUGAGAGUGAAGAUAUUGAAGGACAACAUUAACAUGUUGGUGGCUAAGGCUAAGAUGACCCCUGGUGGCAGUGGCCAGGACCUGACAGAGGAGCUGGGGGGAGUCCUGGGGAACUAUCAGAAACUAUGUGACCGCUUCAAGAGCAAGUGUCACACCCUGGAGGAGGUGUGGUCGUGUUGGAUGGAGCUGCUGCAGUACUUGGACCUGGAGCAGGGCUGGCUCAACACGUUGGAGGAGAAGCUUCAGGCUACAGAGAAUCUACCUGAGAGCACUGAGGCUGUCAACAAGGCUUUGGAGUCGUUGGAGUGUGUGUUGCGCCACCCAGGUGACAACAGGACACAGAUCAGGGAGUUGGGUCAGACCCUGAUAGAUGGGGGCAUCCUGGACGAACUUAUCUCAGAGAGACUAGAGACCUUCAACUCCUGCUACGAUCAGCUCAGCCACCAGGCUGUGAACCGUCAGAUCAGUCUAGAGCAGCAACUGGCCACUCUGAAGGAGAAUGAGCAGGUUCUCCAGGCUCUGCAGGAGUCACUGACCCAGCUAGACCACACACUCACCUCCUACCUCACCGACCGCAUAGACGCCUUCCAGCUACCGCAAGAGGCGCAGACCAUCGGGGCAGAGAUUGCGGCCCAUGAGGUGACAGUGGAGGAGCUGAGGAGUAGGAACGUGGGUAAUCUGCCUCCUGCCACCCCAGAGGGCAAGGCUGCUCGCAGUGGAACCAUGUUGGACCUGCUGCAGCGGAAGCUGCGAGAGAUCUCCACUAAGUACCAGUUGUUCCAGAAGCCUGCUAACUUUGAGCAGCGCAUGCUGGACUGUAAGAGGGUUCUAGAUGGAGCCAAGGAAGAGCUGCACAUUCUAGACAUCAGGGAGGUGGAACCCCAACAGAUCCAGGCCCACCUCAUUGGCUGUAUGAAACUGUAUAAGGUUCUGAGUGAGGUGAAGUUAGAGGUGGAGACAGUGAUAAAGACAGGAAGACAGAUCGUCCAGAAACAACAGACUGACAACCCCAGAGGCAUGGAUGAACAACUGACAGCACUUAAACUGCUCUACAAUGACCUGGGAGCACAGGUGACAGAGGGGAAGCAGGACCUGGAGAAGGCUCUGUCUUUGUCUCUGAGACUACAUAAGGACAGCGCCGCCCUACAGGACUGGCUGACCACCAACCAGACCCUGCUGCAGCAGAAAAACUCCUCUGGAGACAUGCCUGCUGAUAUAGACAGUGAGAUUGCCUGGGCCAACGGCAUGCUGAAGGAGUCGGAGCAUCGUAAGGCAGACCUGGCUGUGCUGAUGGAGACCAGCGCUGGGCUGCAGGGGCUGGUGGAGGGGAGCGAGGGCCCUCUGGAAGACAAGCUGUGUGGCCUUAACGAAGGCUGGGGACAGGUCCGCACCUGGUCCGAGGACUGGCUGAGCACCGUUCUGAGCCACCAGAACGAGGUGGAGAUCUUUGAUGAGAACCUGGCCCACAUCAGCACCUGGCUGUACCAGACCCAGAUCCACCUGGAUGAGACGGAGAGACUGCCCACAGUGGAGAGGGAGAUGGUAGUUAAGACCCUGCUAGAGGAGCUGGAUGACAUCACUCUGAGAGUGGACAGUGUGAGAGACCAGGCCAUCAUCCUAAUGACCAGUAGAGGUCCUGCCUGCAGAGACGUAGUAGAACCCAAACUGGCUGAACUCAACCGCAACUUUCACAAGGUCUCCCAAUGCAUCAAAGCUGCCAAGAUGUCCACCACUCUGGAGCCUGGGACUGUGGAUAUGAUUCAGCAGAUACAACAGAUCUCUCAGAUUCCUCACCAGAUCUCUCAGCUCCAACAGGACCAGAUUGCUGAGCUCCAGCAGAGCCAGUCAGAGGAGGCCCUGAGCUCCAGCCUGAUGCAGACCUUUGAGGGGGAACUAGAGGCAACACUCAGGGCCCUUGAGGACCAGCAGGACCCCACACACACCCUGGAUGAUGACAAGAUGGAUGAGGAGAAGGCUGGCAUGGAGGAGCUGCUGAGGAGAGGAGAGGAGGUGCUGCUCCAGACUGCAGACGAGGGCCAGAGGGAGGGGCUGAGACUCCGGCUGCUCCGGCUGCAGGCGCAGUACACCACUCAGAGGGAGUUUAGGGUGCUGAGAGUGAGACAGGUGGAGGUCUCCAUGGACGACGACUCUUCUUCAAACAGCUUCACAGAGCAGAGAGACAGACAGGACCUGACUGCAGAGCAGAUGGAGCCAGAGGACAGGGUGCCCUCUCUCAGUCCCUCAGACUACCUGCUGAAUAUCAACAAGGUUCUGCUGGCCAUGGCCGACAACGAACUGCUGCUCAACUCCUCCGAGCUCAGCAGUGGUCUCUAUGAAGACUUCUCCAGCCAGGAGGACACACUGAGGAGUAUAAAGGAGAGUCUGGAGUGUGUGGGGGAGCAGGUGACGGUGAUCCAUGAGCGCCAGCCUGAUGCCAUCCUGGAGGCGUCGCAGAGAGAGGUGGCACAGAUAGGAGACGCCCUCACCCAGCUCAACGCAGAGUGGGACCGCCUCAACCGCAUGUACAACCACCGCAAAGGGAGUUUUGACCAUGCGGUGGAGGAGUGGAGACAGUUCCAUUGUGACCUGAACGACCUGAGCCAGUGGCUGACCGACAUAGAACAGGUGCUCACUGAGGGAACAGGACCUGAUGGACAACUGGACCAGGACACAGCCAGGACACACCAGGAGGAGCUGGAGGAGGGUCUAGCCAGUCACAUGCCUGUCCUGGCCGGGUUGAGCCAGACAGGGGAGAGGAUUAUUGGACAGCUGUCGGCCCCUGACGGGCCCCUGAUGGAGAACAAGCUGGAGGCCCUGGGACAGCGCUGCAGGGCCGUGCAAAGACAGGUGCUGGACAGACAGCGCAGGCUGGCUGGAGGUGACCCUGCCUUAUCAGAGCUGGUGAGGCGUAGUGGAGACCUGGCUCUGUGGCUGCAGGAGGCUGAGUGUGCUGUGAGCUCUCUUCCCGUCACCGCUACCGACAAGAACCUCAAAGAACUCAAGGCCCUGGCUGAGGAGAUGGACGCCCAGAACGAGCGUCUUGGUUGGCUGAACAAGAACGGCCCCCAGAUUCUGGCCAAUCAGAGUCCUCAGGAGAGAGAUCAGCACAGGAGCAAACUCAGGACCAUCAACCUCAACUGGAGCAAGGUGACUCAAGAGUUGUUAGAUAAAGUAGGAGAGGUGGAGGGGAACCUACAGAGUCAUGGUCAGUUCCAGGACAAGAUGAACAGAAUGACCGACUGGGUUCAGGUCACACACCAGAGCCUCAGUGGGAGAGGUGUAAGCCCUGCAGAGAGCCAGGUUCUGGCAGCAGCUAUGAGGGAGCGUAAGAGAGAGCUAGAGGAACUGUUGGCCCGCUCCAUAGAACUACAAAGACGACAACAGCUGCUUCCCCUGGAGAAGAGUAAGGUAGAGCAGCUGGCGGCAGACUGGAAGGCUCUGGACGGAAGGUUGAAGGAAUCUCAACACCCACCUAUGUUGUCUCCAUUGCAACAUCCUGUUUCUUCUCCAUGGAACCACCAUGUCGCCCAACAACAACAACUCUCAGUGUCAGUGGUCCCAUCGGCAGUACAGAUGGCCAGUCUGAUGAGUGAGGACCGGCACCACCAGACCCCCCGCAGCCCAGAGCUGGUGGCCCCCACAGAUCUGAACGAGACGGCCACAGAGCUGGCUGACUGGCUGCUGCUCAUCACACAGAUGCUCAAGUCCAACAUCGUUACUGUAGGGGACACAGACGAGAUACGCACCACCAUGGGACGCCUACAGGUGACUAAAAGUGACCUGGAGCAGCGUCACCCCCAGCUGGAGGACAUCUUCACUCUGGCCCAGAACAUAAAGAACAAGACCUCCAACCUGGACGUACGCACCUCCAUCACUGAGAAACUAGAGAAGGUGCAUAGCCAAUGGGACAACACGCAGCACGGCGUAGAGGCACGCCUCCAGCAGCUGGACAGUAUGAUUGGCCACAGCGACCAGUGGGAGGAGCAGAGGCAGGAGGUGAAGGGUCUGAUUGGUCAGAACGAGGGGCGCCUGCACAACCUACUGCAGCUCUCCAGGGAACCCCUGACCAAACAGCUCAGUGACAACAAGGUGUUCUUGCAAGACCUGGGAAGAGGUCAGGGUACCGUGGUAACCUUUAACGAGCUGUCCAAUCAGCUCCUGCGAGAGUAUUCUGCAGAUGACACAAGGAGGAUCAAAGAGGUCACGGACAAACACAACAGAGCCUGGAACAGCAUCAACAACAGGGCUAGUGACCGCCAGGCUCAGCUGGACAGUGACCUGACUGCUCUACAGACGUCCCUCAGGGAGCUGGAGGCCUUCCUCAAGUGGCUUCAGGAGGCCGAAACUACCGUCAACGUCCUGGCCGACGCCUCCCAGAGGGAGGAGCUAUCACAGGACUCUGCCCACGUCAAGGAGCUGAGGGGGCAACUGGAGGAUAUCCAGGCGGAAAUCGAUGCCCAUAAUGAUAUCUAUAAGAGUGUGGACGGGAACAGGCCCAGGAUGGUCAAGGCCCUGGGGACUUCUGAGGAGGCUGUGUUUCUACAGCACCGACUGGACGACAUGAACCAGCGCUGGAGUGACCUCAAAACCAAGUCGGCCAACAUACGGGCUCACCUGGAGGCGAGUGCGGAGCGUUGGAGUCGUCUGCUGAGCCUGCUGGAGGAGCUGUGGAGGUGGAUCUGUCUGAAGGAUGAGGACCUGGCCAAACAGAUGCCCAUAGGAGGAGAUGUCCCCACCCUGCUGCAGCAGCACAACCACUGCACGGCCUUGCGGUCAGAGCUGAAGGACCGUGAGCAUGUUGUGGUCAGUACGCUGGAUCAGGCACGCAUGUACCUGGCUGACCAGCCCAUCGAGGGGCCGGGAGAACCACGCAAGAACCUACAGCCCAAAACAGACCUGACUCCAGAGGAGAAGGCGCGGGGUGUGGCCAGGGCCAUCAGGAAGCAGACAGCGGAGGUGCAGGAGCGUUGGGAGCGUCUGCAGGGCCACGUGGGUGGAUGGCAGAGCCAGGUAGAGAGGGCCUUAGAGAGGCUACAGGAGCUCCAGAGCAACAUGGACCAGCUGGACAUGCGGCUAGCCAGGGCAGAGGAGACCAAGGCUGGCUGGCAGCCUGUAGGAGACCUGCUCAUAGACUCACUGCAGGACCACAUAGCGAAGACCACGGUCUUCAAGGAGGAGAUGUCCCCUCUGAGGCAGGACGUGUGUGAGGUGAACGAGCUGUCUGGUGAGCUGGCUCCUCUGGAUGUCCAGCUGUCCUCCAUCUCCUCCAGACAACUGGACAACCUCAACAUGCGCUGGAAACUACUACAGGUGGCCGUUGAGGAGAGACUGAAACUCCUUCAGGAAGCCCACAGAGACUUUGGCCCGUCCUCCCAGCACUUCCUCUCCACCUCUGUGCAGCUCCCGUGGCAGAGAGCCGUGUCUCAGAAUAAGGUUCCAUACUACAUCAACCACCAGACUCAGACUACCUGCUGGGACCAUCCAAAGAUGACAGAGCUCUACCAGUCGCUUGCCGACCUGAACAACGUGAGAUUUUCCGCUUACAGAACAGCCAUGAAGAUCCGUAGGCUACAGAAAGCACUUUGCUUGGAUCUGUUGGAUCUGAAUGUGGCCCAGAGCACCUUCGAGCAGCACAAGCUUACCCAGAAUGCCCAGCUGCUGACGGUGCCGGAAGUGAUUAACUGUCUGACGUCCAUCUAUGAUGGUCUGGAGCAGCAGCACAAGGACCUGGUCAAUGUUCCGCUGUGUGUCGAUAUGUGUCUCAACUGGCUGCUCAAUGUAUACGACACCGGACGCAGUGGGAAGAUCCGUGUCCUGUCCAUGAAGAUAGGAUUGCUCUCGCUCUCCAAGGGCCAUCUGGAGGAGAAAUACAAAUACCUGUUCAGUCAGGUGGCGUCGUCGGGGGAUACGUGUGACCAGAGACAGCUGGGUCUGCUGCUCCACGACGCCAUCCAGAUACCACGGCAACUAGGAGAGGUCGCCGCCUUCGGAGGGAGCAACAUUGAACCCAGCGUCCGGAGCUGUUUCCAACACGUGACAAAUAAGGUGGAGCUGGAGCCCAGGCAGUUUGUUGAUUGGAUGAGGCUGGAGCCCCAGUCUAUGGUGUGGCUUCCUGUCCUACACAGGGUGGCGGCUGCUGAGACCGCCAAGCACCAGGCCAAAUGUAACAUCUGUAAAGAGUGCCCCAUUGUAGGGUUCAGGUAUCGCAGUCUGAAGCACUUUAACUAUGACGUGUGUCAGAGCUGCUUCUUCUCUGGACGAACCGCCAAGGGCCACAAGCUCAACUACCCCAUGGUGGAGUACUGCACGCCGACUACUUCGGGUGAGGACAUGCGUGAUUUCACCAAGGUGCUGAAAAACAAGUUCCGCUCCAAGAAGUAUUUUGCCAAGCACCCACGGUUGGGCUACUUACCGGUCCAGACGUUUCUAGAAGGAGACAAUAUGGAGACUCCCGUCACUCUCAUCAGCAUGUGUCCGGAGCAGUAUGAGCUUUCCCAGUCACCCCAGCUCUCUCAUGAUGACACUCAUUCCAGGAUAGAGCAGUAUGCUAGCAGGCUGGCUCAGAUGGAACGCUCCAAUGGAUCUCUGCCCACUGACAGCAGCUCAGCUACAGGAAGCAUGGACGAUGAGCAUGCUCUGAUCCUGCAGUACUGCCAGACCCUGGGGGGGGAGGGGUCUCCCUGCAGCCAGCCCCAGAGCCCCGCCCAGAUCCUACAGGCCGUGGAGAGGGAGGAGCAUGGGGAGCUGGAGCGAAUCAUCCAGCGCCUGGAGGAUGAGCAGAGGACCCUGAAAAGGGAGUAUGAACAGCUGAAGGAGCAGCACGGGGACCAGCGGGGGCCUGGGUCUGUGGGGCAUUGGGACCCUGAGGGGUCCUCUCACCCCGGGGGUCCUGGUGAGGCUGACCUGCUGGCUGAGGCCAAACUGCUCCGGCAGCACAAGAGCCGUCUGGAGGACCGCAUGCACAAACUGGAGGAGCACAACAAGCAGCUGGAGUCCCAGCUCCACCGGCUCAGACAACUACUGCACCAGCCGGAGAUGGACUCCAGGGUGAAUGGAGUGUCGUCCCCCAGCAUGCAAGAACGAGGGGCCCUCACCGAACACACAGAUGAGCUGUUGGACCACCCACACAACCGCAGCUCUGACCUGGCAGACAUCAUGGAACAGAUAAACCAUACCUUCCCUGCAUGCAGUCCUUCAAGCCUCUCCUCGAGACCACAGGUGAUGUGAGAGCCAUCAGCAACGAGGAAGGUGUGUGUGUUUUCUGAGAGACAGAAACAAUCCCAAACACACAGCUUCUAUGCUUUCCCUCGCUAAACUUUUCAGAAGGACAGAUGGAGAGCUAGACCCCCUAGCAAGAGACCCCCCCGGUAAAACCCAAAGACACACAGGACCGCAGAACUUUACUACUAUUACCACGUCGUCGUCUUGUACUAUGCAAAAUGUACAUUUUAUUAACUGUAGAUUGUACCUGGAGUCGGUUAAACAUUUGUCAGUAAUUUGUAUGAAUAUGCCGAUGAUUAUGGGGGUUCGGGGGCUUUGUAUAACAACAUAUGUUUUUUGUGGGAUUUGUUUUGUUUUUUGUUCCGCUUUCACUGGGAAUCAAACUCCUCUCUGCUUCUACCCUACUACCGUCAUCACGGAGGACAUGGUAACUGUUUUUAUAUCCAAUUUGGGGAAGGUGGCCCAUUUUAAGAUUAUCGCCUCAAAUGAUCGUUUUAGACAAUAGGCUCUGUGUCUGUCCUCAAAGCAUCACAUUUGUUUUGAAAAUGUUUUUCCUCCCUUUAAAGCGGUAUUCAUGCGAUUCUGUCGGCCUUGUCAUGCCUGACGCAAUUGCGACGUUAACGUAACCCCUUCUGUGCCUAUACAGUUGUCAUUCCAAGUGUGGCAGACUGAUUUAACGUUGUAGUAAUUAAGUUGGAUUGUUGUAUAAAGGAGAGGGGCAGAAACUAUAAAUUAAUGGAACCUUAAGCUGUUCUGAAAUAAUCAAGUUUGUAAGAGGCCCACGGUCCAUCAUUGUGUAGAAUAGUUUUAUAAAUAUAUGUUUAAAAAAAAAAUCAGAAGAAAGCCAUGAUUGCCUUGCUACCUCAGACAAACACCUUUUCAUUUGCGUGGUCUGUAACUUGUUUAAUUUCCAUUUUACUGUACUCACAACAAGAAAACAAACCUGAAAAACAUUCUAAACGUGUUGCUUAUAGAGGUGUACUGCGGUGGGGAGAUACCCAGCAGAGUAAAAUAACAGACAAAACACAAAGACAUCCUAUUAGUUAACUACCCAUGGGUCUGUGGCCUUUCUACGUUGCCCUGAAUCGGUAUACUGUGUCUGGCUCUGUUGAUUUCCCCCUGUCAGACCUCUAGCACUGCUCUCUCUGAGUUAUGCGUUGUGUUUUGUGCUAUGCUAUUCUGUAAAACUUGUUAGUUUUAACAACGCUAUUAUAACCUCCUCCAACUAUGUCCUUGGACUUAUGAUGAUGAUAAUAUAGUGUACCAUGGCAGAACAGCGUCUUUCCUGAGGUAUGUAGUAUAGAUUGACCACACUACAUGUAAUAUGGCUACAUACUGUAUGUUUUAUUCUAAAUAAAUUUUUAUAACAACU